AUGAGGAGCUACCGCAACGUCAAGUCGUUGCAGAAGCACAAGCAGCAACACCUGGGCCGCACGCAGUGCCCUGUGUGCCUGGUGUUGCUGUCAUCAGUAUCGGCCCUGCGUCGGCACGUGGCCACACGGCACGGCCAGACGCCGGCCGAGGUCAACCACCUGGUGCCCAUCAAGAGGCGUUCCCGACUGGCUGAAGACGGGCAGAACAAUCACCUGAAGCAACACGAGGGUCUGACCAAGUGCCCCAUCUGCGGCAGGGUCAGCAGCAUUGUGCCGUCGCUGCGCAUCCACCUUCGCGUGGUGCACAAGAUGAGCGCCGAGGAGGUAUACCGGCUAGUGCCGCUACCGUCCACCUUCCGCCCACCGGCGGCCAGGCGGUAUCCGGCCCACGGCACCGACACCGAGCCGACCGCAGAACUGCCGGGCCACACGUGCGACGUAUGCGGCAAGUGGUACAAGUACCGCACGUCGCUCACCAACCACAAGCGCCAGCACGAGGGGCUGACGCUGUGUGUUGUGUGCGGCCUGGCCGCCAGCAACAUCAACAACCUGCGCUUGCACCUACCGUCACCUCGCUUCUGCUGCCAGUUCUGCGGCAAGUCGUUCUCGAGCGUGCGCUCGCGCACCAACCAUCUGAAGUUGCACCAGGGUCGGACCGGGUGCCCGGCUUGUGGCGGCACCUACAGCAGCCUGCCCUACCUGCGCCGCCACCUGGAAACCGUGCACGGCAUGUCGGCCGACAUGGUGCAGGCGAUCGCGCCGCUGACCGGUACGGCCCAGUACCAGUGCAGCACCUGCAGUCGCUGGUACACCAACCAGCGCUCGCUGGUGUUCCACAUGCGGAAGCACCAGGGCCUGUGCACGUGCCCCGUGUGUGGCCGUGUGUGCAGCAUGGUGCACAGUCUGCGCCGCCACAUGUACACCGUCCACAAGAUGUCCACCGGCCAGGUGUCGGCCGUGUUGCGGCAGCGUGGUCUGCGUGUGCACGGCUCGUUUGAAGGCAUCCCGUGA